AUGCCUGUCAACACCAUCUCUGUGGGCGCGGCUGUGACGCCCACGGUUAUCCAGACAUAUCUCUCGCAUUACCUCAAUCGCCGACCUCUUGCGCAAAAGCCCACGGCGCACAUCUCGUACCACGAAGGCCUCGAACUCAUCCGCCGCUUUCUCCACUAUGCCUCCUUCCACACGGUCGACGAAUUGCAAGCCUUCACGUCGCAAUGGGUUCCAGUGCCGCGCUGGGUGCACGUGAAUGUAGUCGAGGUUUCCGCGACUCUACUACAGCGCUCAGCUGAACUCCUCAAUGCACAAUUGGGGCCUGAAGGCAUCAAGGCAGUCGGAGGAACAAAUUGGUGGCAGUGGAGACGCGAAGGCACAACCCUCAAGGCCGAGUGGAUCGAGAUGCGCAAGGACUACGACGCGAGGAAACAGCUGGCAAUCACCAAAGGCGACCGCAUAAUGCUCUAUGUUCAUGGCGGCGCAUACUUCUUUGGCAGCGUCGACGAGCAUCGCUAUCAGAUGCAGCGGCAUGCGCGCAAGCUCAAGGCUAGGGUGCUGGCGCCCAAAUACAGACUCGCGCCUCAGUUUCCUUUCCCAUGUGGUCUGCACGACUGUCUGGCCGCCUACCUCUACCUCCUCGAGCAAAAGCACGACCCUACGACCAUUAUACUCGCUGGCGACUCGGCAGGUGGCGGCAUGGUAAUCAGCAUGCUCGUGACAAUGCGCGACCAAGGCAUACCAUUGCCCGCAGGAGCCAUCUUGAUCAGUCCAUGGGUAGACUUGACACACAGCUUCCCUAGUCUGGGUGGCGAUGGCAAGAUGGACUACAUUCCCUCACACGGCUUCAUCCACAAGCCGAGCAUGAGCUGGCCACCUCCCAACGCAGACGAUAUGCUGGACAUCGAAACAUCCCUCCAGGGCUCGAACAAGAAGAAGAACAGCUCAGACAAGACGGAGGACAAGGCAGCAAAGAAGGAGGCGGAGGCCGAGCGCGUACGAGGUUACUCCGUCCAAUCUGGAGAUCGACCACCUCUAGAAGAGGUCGCGGAUCCAUCAGCUACAGGACAAGGCAUGGGUACUUGGAUCUCGUCCAAUGGCAAAUACAGCAUUGGACCCAAGAGCCAGCUAUCAGUCCAGCUGGAAGAUGAACGCGUCGAGAUCAAGGACCAGAUCCAGAUGUACGCCCCGAAUCAUCUCUUGACACAUCCUCUGGUAUCGCCGGUGCUGCAGCCAACACUCGGAGGGCUGCCACCUCUCCUCAUCCAAACGGGAGGUGGGGAGCUACUCAGAGACGAGCAGAUCUACCUCGCCCACAAAGCUGCGCAACCGCUGGCCUACAUACCACCACCUUCAAACAACCAGACUGCUGAGUCCAUACAAGCCCAAGCCGCCAGCUACAGGCCCACGAACGUUCAGCUCCAGGUCUGGGAUGAUCUAUGUCACGUCGCACCUACGCUCAGCUUCACCCGCCCAGCAAAGCACAUGUACCGUAGUAUAGCCCAGUUUGGUGCUUGGGCGCUUGCACGCGCCCAGAAGAAGUCCAUCGACAUCCUCGACGAUGACGACAUCUCCUUCAUGAGCAGUGACUCAGGCACUUCGUCCGAAUCUGACAAGGCUGGCUCCGGUUCUUCGUCCGACGACCCCAAAUCAUCGAACAAGCACCCCAAGCCCACCAAAGCCGAGAAGAAAGCCGCUCAAGAUGCACGCGUUGGCCGAGCUGGUGACGCGAUUCCGCCAUUCGAGCGCCAUAUGAUUCGCCAGCGCAUCGAUCGACACGGGCGCAUCUAUGCACUCGCUCCAAAGGAAGAGCUUGUUGCACUGAACAUUCCUAGCGUUGAUGUGGGCGUGCCAAAGACAGGACCCGUCAGCAAAUGGAUGAAAGCGCAAUCCCAGUGGAACAACAAAUUCUCCAAGCAGAAGAUCAAGAUCCAGAAGCAGCGUGUUAAGGACAUGCAGAAAGGCUUCGAAGGCUUCGAGGGCGAGACACCCCCACCGACUGCCUUGGCUGGUAGAAGGAUCAAGGGCAUGAAAGCCGAGAAGGCGAAGAAGAGGAGUUGGGGUAUGUCGAUGUGGGCUGGAUGGGGCAGUAAGCAUGACUCAGCUACUGUAAGUGUACUCACUCUCAACGUCAGCCACGACAACGUUACUAACACGCCCCAGAUCGUCCGCGAAGAGAAAGCAGACCAGAACCCCGACACCGAGGCCUCAACCUCUACUCAAGAUCCAGCCAAUACAGCCAUCGACGGCACAACAGAAAGCGCGCCAACCCGCAGCCGAGCCAACAACCUCACCGCCCCAGCCGUAAAACGCUCACGCUCCCACUCCCGCCACUCCGCCGUAACCGACAAAGGCCAAACCGGGCUUCCAAUGGACGACCUCUCAAAGAUCGUCCUGCCCACCCCGGGCCUCGCAGACGCAACAACCCUCGCCCCUGAACGCUCUGCCUCGCCCCUGCCCUCCCCCACUAGCGAACUCAGCUCCCCCGGUGUCCCACCCAACAUCAUCGUCUCGGACAACCCCGACAACUCCAGCACCAUUAUUCCUGAAACGGAUACCCUGACUACGCGGCCAACGGCUGGCGGUAUCGCGUAUCCGUUUAGUUUGAAAGUUGAUGGCCCGGAUGGAAGGGAUGUUAAUGCUAGUACGCUUACGCUUGCGAGUGUGAAUGUUACUACGCCGCCGGCUGUUGAGGGGGAUGAUGAGGGAGAGAAGCAGCUGGGUAGUAUGUUUCCAGCUGGUGAGUGUAGUAUGGUGCCUGGGGGUGCGAGCGUUAAUGAGCAGGUUUUGAAGGAGGAGAGGCCGGGUGUUGAGCGCUUCUUUACUGCUGGGGCUGGGGCGGGGCUGUUUAGUGAUGGUGUGGUGGAGGAGAGGGCGGAAGAGGGUGAGAAGGUGGAGAGGCCGGGGGUUGAGAGGUUUGAGACUGCGAUGGAUGUGUUGGGUUUGGGUGGUAGUGGUGAUGGUGGGAAGCCGUGA